CCAAACCUAUUUUGUCGGUUCAAAAAACAUAACAUAUAAUUAUAAGAACAAACUUAUAAUUUUCCCAUGGCAAUCCAAACCUAUUUUGUCGGUUCACAUCUGCCAAUUGCAUGAUCUCCCUCCCAUAUUCUGUCUAAUCCUAUUUUGCCGCCUCAUGAUCUCCCUCCCAUAAUAUUUCUAUUAUUCCAAUUGUCGGUUCACAUCCCUCAAUUGUCGGUUCACAUCCCCCAAUUGCCUGAUCUCCCUCCCAUUGCAUGCUAUUCCUAUUUUGUCGCCUCAUGAUCUCCCUCCCAAUUGCAUGCUAAUCCCAAUUGCUCAUGACUUCCCUCCCACAUUCUUCGCUCACGCCAUUCGAUUUCAGUUUGAUAAGAAUUCUUAUUUAUCUUCUAACAAUUGGCGGGGUCUUUCCCGCUCAAAAACAAUUUUGACGAUUUAUAUCCCUAGGUUUACGAUUCUUGCACUCUUAACUGAUUCUCAUCCACGCCUCUAUCAUCUCUCUCCCUUCUCUAACUCUCACGAUCGUCUCCAUACUUUUGCAGAAGCUGCACCACAAGCAACCAGAUGCCAAUGAUUAGCCAAAAAAGGAAACGACCUCUUGUGUCAACAAGAAUCCCGCCUCUGCCAUCCCAGUCACGGUGUACAUCUGCUAUCGGAGCUCCUCCUACUUUUCGUCAAGAGAGGAAUAGGCCUGAUAUUUUGAGGCAGACUUAUCUUUCUCGUACACAAUCUCAUUCUAUGGGUGGUGUGACCAGGAGUGAUACUCCUCAACUAGAGCCAAGAAACAUUGAUCCUCCACGACCUUGGUGGGAAAACACCAUACCUUCUUCGCCCUGUACUCGUUCCCAAACCAUGAGUGGUCCGAACGAGACCUCUCUUCAUCACACUCAAUCCCAAGGUGCAGCAGGAUCCCAACUUGAUGAUACUCAUAAUGAUUUACCUACUGAAGCACCUGCCAGAAAGAGGAGUGCAGUUCGUCGUCGACACGGGAGUGUUAAUGGUUCUGUACCAAACUUACCAGAUGAAAGACCAGUGCGCGGGGCAUGUCGGUUGGUUAAAACCAAUCGUAUUGUUCGUAUUACACAAGCAAAGAUCAAGGUCGUUAUAGACCCAGUGCAUAGGCGAGCAACUGAUAAAGUUGUUCAUAGCUUGUUGGCACAUGAUACCGGGGCUAUUGUUCGCCAACACUGCCCAAUGAACACAGCAUAUUGGAAAAGAAUGUCUGACGAGUCGAAGUCAGACCUCGUCUCGGAGAUCACUGUGAACUUCGACUUGGACACCAAUAUUCAAGAACAUUAUGACUAUGUUGAUAGACUCAUGUCUAGACGAUACAAGGAGUUCAAGUAUGAGUUACAUGCAUACUUUUUAGAGUGGGCAUCGGCUGAGGAGGCAUUGGCCAAUCCUCCGAUAGAGAUGGAAUCAAGACCUGGGGAACCUGGACAGUGGGAGUUUUUAUGCGAACAUUUUCAGUCAGAGAAGUUUCUGAAACAAUCAGAGGCUAACAAAAAAAAUCGAGCCCAAAAGAAGUAUGAGCAUCAUGCUGGUUCACGCCCACUCGCCUACAUAGUGGAAGAGUGUACACAGGCGGGUUCCCAAUUCCCUGAGAUUGAUACCUUCGAAAUUGCUUAUGCCGGGAAGAACAAAAACUGGACCAAUGAGACUGCCAAGUCCAAAUUUGAUGAGAUGCUUGCUAGGAAAGAGGAUUAUCUUAAUGAAUUAGCAAAGGAUUAUCCGGAGGAUACUCCCUUGAAUGAGAUAGUAGUACCUGAUCAAGAUGUUGGUCUUCAUAUCCUUAAUGAUGUACUGGGUGUUAAGCCUGGUAAGCAGAUACGCGGUUUGGGUGAUGGCCGAGUUCGUGAGCUUGGUGGAUCAACUUCUCGGACGUCACUGAGAGCACGUCAGUUGGAGGAGGAACUGGUAGAGGAAAGAGCUGCUCGACAGGCAGCUGAUGCAGCUCGUGAAGCAGCAGAUCAGCGAAUAGUUGCAUCUGAUACGGCUCGUGCAGCAGCCAAACAAACUCUUGCAGUUAUGAUGCAAACAUGGCAGCACUCUAUGGUAGACCUGGCAGCGCGGGUUCCUGGAUGGGAACCUCCAUCAUUGAUAAUACCACCACAAACACAACCUGAUCAACAUGUAGCUCAUGAUGAGAACUACAAUGAGAAUGAAUAACCUGAUCAACUAUAAACACAACCUGACCACCAGAAACUCUUGCAGUAUAGUUUAUUUAUGUUUUCAGGCACGUAUGCUUAUGUUCUAAUCUACUUAGCUAGGUGAUUAAUUGGUACUGUUAUGUUUAUAAAAAUUACAGACCUUUCCAGGAUUUAUAUAAUCUACUUAUGAUGUAUUUGGUACUGCUAGAUU